UCAGCCCGCUGCCCCCCGCCGCCGCCCCGCCGGCCCCGGGGCCCGCCACCGCCCUGCUGCGCGGCCCCAGCCCCGCGCCCGCCGCCGCCGCCGCCCCGGGGUACCGCGCCAUGGGCCCGGCCGCCGCGCAGUACCAGCGCCCUGGGAUGCCCCCCGGAGGCAGGAUGCCCAUGGCAGGGCUGCAGGUGGGACCUCCUGGAGCCCCCCCGUACGGAGCAGCCUCCCCGAUGAGGCCCGGCCUGCCCCAAUCCAUGAUGGAUCCCUUCAGGAAGCGCCUGCUGACCCCCCAGGCACAGCCACCCAUGGCCAGCCAGAGGAGAGGGGUGAAAAGGAGGAAGAUGGCUGACAAGGUGCUGCCACAGAGGAUCCGGGAGCUGGUCCCAGAAUCCCAGGCCUACAUGGACCUCCUGGCCUUCGAGCGCAAGCUGGACCAAACCAUCGCUCGGAAGAGGAUGGAGAUCCAGGAGGCCAUAAAGAAACCCCUGACGCAAAAGAGGAAGCUGAGGAUUUACAUCUCCAACACUUUCACCCCGGCCAAGGAAGAGGGAGAGGGGGGUGAGCGUGUGGCCUCCUGGGAGCUGCGUGUGGAGGGCAAACUGCUGGAGGAUCCCAGCAAGCAGAAGAGGAAGUUCUCCUCCUUCUUCAAGAGCCUCGUCAUCGAGCUGGACAAGGAGCUGUAUGGCCCAGACAACCAUCUGGUGGAGUGGCACCGGAUGCCCACGACCCAGGAGACCGACGGCUUCCAGGUGAAGCGUCCCGGGGAUGUCAACGUGAAGUGCACUCUGCUGCUCAUGUUGGAUCACCAGCCCCCGCAGUACAAGCUGGACCCCCGCCUGGCCCGGCUGCUGGGGGUGCACACCCAGACCCGUGCCAGCAUCAUGCAGGCCCUCUGGCUCUACAUCAAGCACAACAAGCUGCAGGACAGCCACGAGAAGGAGUACAUCAACUGCAACCGCUACUUCCGCCAGAUCUUCAACUGCAUCCGCAUGCGCUUCUCCGAGAUCCCCAUGAAGCUGGCGGGGCUCCUGCAGCACCCGGAUCCCAUCAUCAUCAACCACACCAUCAGCGUGGACCCCAAUGACCAGAAGAAGACUGCCUGCUACGACAUCGAUGUGGAGGUGGAUGAUCCCCUGAAGGCUCAGAUGAGCAAUUUCCUGGCUUCCACCACCAACCAGCAGGAAAUCGCCUCUCUGGAUGCCAAGAUUCAUGAGACCAUCGAAUCCAUCAACCAGCUGAAGACACAGAGGGAUUUCAUGCUGAGCUUCAGCAACAACCCACAGGAUUUCAUCCAGGAAUGGAUCAAAUCCCAGAGGAGGGACCUCAAGAUCAUCACGGAUGUGAUCGGGAACCCCGAGGAGGAGCGGCGGGCGGAGUUCUACCAGCAGCCCUGGGCGCAGGAGGCUGUGGGCAGACACAUCUUUGCCAAGGUCCAGCAGCGCCGGCAGGAACUGGAACAAGUGCUCGGGAUCCGCCUCACCUAAAGGGCGGGUUGGGGCUCGGGGGCUCCUCCUCUCUCGCUGCUGCCUGAGCCUGACGGUACUUACUGGAAUCAAACAGCACUUGCACAAACCCGACGUGCCUGGAGGGACUGGGAUCUGCUCACACCCCUGGGCUCCACCGGGCCGGGAAGUUCUGGCCCCGGGCAGAGCGCAGAGGGGGAUACCCUGUCCCCCCAAAGCCCCACAGUAACGCCCCCUCCUCCUCCUGCUUUGCAUCGCGCCCCUCGCCCCUCCCUUAGAGCCCCUCCCGCUGCCCAAAAACCUCCGGGAGCCGGGAAGAGCUGCCCGUGCCGAGGGGGAGGUGCUGCCAAGCCCCUCCCUGAGCCCAGCAGGCCCAGCCCUGCCCCUCUUCAACCAAAGUUUGUCAUUCCAAACGCCAGCCCCGCCCGCCCGGCCCCGCCGGUGCCCGACGUUUUGCACUAUUUUUGUGAACAGGUUUUAUAUAAAAAAAAGAACACACACACAAAAAAAAAAAAAAAAAAAAAAAAAAAAGGAAGUGUUUUGUACAGUGGGUUUGUAUUUGAUUAAUAUAUUGAGUUCCUCUUCCCUGCACUCGUGGCCUGGGCUCUGCAGGGAGCUCAGGGUGUGCUCCAAGGGUUCAGGUUAAGUGUUUGACAAUCAGUUCAUUCCUCCACCCCCUCCCCCCUGUUUUACAUAAUUAGUGAUGCGUUUUGAGGGGGCAGACAGGGUAGCUCUGCCCACAGGAGCCUGGGGGCAGUGGGGUCACCGGGCACCAAGAACUGGAGAUAACUGGGGGGAGAGAGGGGACCACUGCCAGCCCCUGCCAGUUCCCUUGAAGUGCCUUGGCCCCCCACCUGCAGGCUCCCGAGGGGAGGGGGGGCGUUUACAUAUUCCCAGGGUGUUCCCAGGCUCAGGGGUGCCUGCUCUGCCUCUCGUGUAACCUUUUUUUUUUUUUGUCUAUUUUGGAUAUUUUCUAAUAAAACCAGUUAGCAGCAGCA